AUGGCGACAACCGCGUCCUCAUUGGCCUACCAUGAGCCUGCCAUCGCCACAAUCAUCGCUCUCUCUUGCUUCCUGCUACUGCUGAACAGCGUCAACUAUGGCCUCGACAAGCUCGUUUACUGCGGCCUGGUCGGCCAGGUCUUCCUUGGCAUCGCCUGGGGGACGCCUGGUGCCAAAUGGUUGUCCGCAGAAAUGGAGCACUCGGUCGUGCAGCUCGGCUAUCUAGGCCUGAUCUUGAUCGUCUUUGAAGGCGGUCUCUCCACCUCGAUCAAAUCUUUUAAGGCGAAUCUUCUCCUCUCCGCCGCCGUUGCCAUCACAGGCAUCGCCGUGCCCAUCGGCCUUUCAUUUAUACUCGGCUCCAUGGCCGGCGCGACCCCGCUGCAGGCCUUUGCCGCUGGCGCUGCGCUGUGUUCAACUAGCCUGGGCACAACCUUUACGGUGCUCCGAACCAGCGGCCUGACGACGACGCGCAUGGGCGUUGUCUUGACUAGCGCUGCGAUGAUGGAUGACGUCGUCGGUCUGAUCAUGGUUCAGGUAGUCUCGAACCUCGGCGGCGGCGGCGGCGAGUUCGGCGCCUUCGCCGUGGUCCGACCGGUUCUGGCCUCGCUGGGUUUGGCAACGCUGGUGCCGGCGGCGUGCGCGUUUGUGGUGGCACCGGCCACGUAUCGACUGAAUGCGAUACGCGAGAAGAGUCCCAGCUCGAAACUGAACAAGCUCUUGCGGCUACGUCAGACUGCGCUUGUCAUCCAUACGUGUUGGCUCUUUGGGCUGGUAGUUGCAGGCACAUUUGCUGGUACCUCGAGCUUGCUUGCCGCGUAUAUUGCUGGUGCAACCGUCAGUUGGUGGGACAGUGAAGUGCCUCAUUUUGCAGUUCGCGCGGAUAACGAGAAUAAAGCUCCCACAGCGGAGGCUUCCUCGAAGACGACCGAUGCGGAAGCGGUCAAGGAUGAUCCAUCCGCGGAGGCAAGUGCUACAAUUUCAUCAACGGCUAAUGCAGCCCCUGGUGUCAGGGAGCCGGACGUAUACAACUCGGGAAUGGAGAUUUACGAGCACUAUUAUGGCAAAGCUGUUGAAAAGGUUCUCAAACCGUUCUUCUUCGCAUCCAUCGGCUUUUCCGUGCCCAUCACAAGAAUGUUUUCCGGCCAUAUCCUAUGGCGUGGCGCUGUGUACGCCAUCCUGAUGACGAUGGGUAAAAUGAUCUGCGGCUUGUGGCUGCUCUCUUUUGCGAGCCCCCUCCGAAUGGUGCAGCGAGUUGCCAAGAAUAUAUCCGGCGCAGGUAGAAAGGAGUCCAAGAAGCUUGCCCCUGGAUCGCCGUGCAGAAGAGCUAGGAUGGAAGCUCCUUUAAACAACGAGAUACGGCGACAGCGAGACCAAGACCCGCUCGAGCAGGAUGGCCAGGCCGGUGAAGUGGCCCCACAGCCUCCCAACGCCCGACAAGGCGAGAUUGCUCCGAGUAACGCAAUUACGGAGCCGGAAAUGCCUGUAUCGGUAUAUCCGGCCUGCAUCCUCGGCUUUGCGAUGAUCGCACGCGGCGAGAUUGGCUAUCUGAUCUCGGCAUUGGCUGAGAGCACCGGCGUCUUCAGUGGCGGGUCGGGCGCUCAGGACCAGCCCUCCGAAGUGUUCUUGAUUGUGACCUGGGCCGUCACCCUUUGCACCAUUGUCGGCCCAGUCUGCGUUGGAUUGCUGGUUAACCGAGUGAAACGGCUCGAGAAAGGGAGCGGAGAGGGGACCAAAGGAGGUGGACGGAAUGUGCUAGGUGCAUGGGGUGUAAAUUAG